ACAGAGGAGCACAUGACGUGGCUUUAAGUACAGGUGUUUGUCUUCCUGGGCUGGGGCAGAGGGAAAACGAAACUCUUGAUAAUAGAAGGCUGGCCCCGAGGCAGCAGCACACAGACAUACCUGCACAGAAGGAUGGCUCUGGCUGAACCGAAACCUGGAGACCUGAUUGAGAUUCUCCGCCCUGGCUACCAGCACUGGGCCCUCUACGUGGGGGAUGGCUACAUGGUGCACCUGGCUCCUCCAGGUGAUACUGGGGCUCACUUCCAGCCAACCCACUGUCCCAGGGAAGCACCCCUUUGUGUGCUCCAUGUUCUGGGGGCAGAUGAAGCAAUGAGAACCCACCUCCCGGUCGUGCAGGGUGGGAUGCAGGACAGCACGAGGCAGCCCGGGUGGGGCCUGGCAGGGUCCGGGAGGGCCAUAGUGAAGAAGGAGCUGCUGUCCAAAGUGGCCGGGAAAGACAUGUACCGUGUCAAUAACAAGCAUGACCGGAAGUACCUCCCGCUGCCUCCCAGCAAAAUUGUGCGUCGGGCGGAGGAGAUGGUGGGGCGGGAGAUGCUCUACAAGCUGACCAGCGACAACUGUGAGCACUUCGUGAAUGAGCUGCGCUACGGAGUCCACCGUAGCGACCAGGUCACCGAAGCGGUCGUGGCAGGCGGUGUGGCAGUAGGCAUCCUCGGCGUGGGCCUGGCCAUCGCGGCCCUCAUCGGGUCCCUGCGGGGCAGACGCGAGCGGGAAGAGCAGUGAGGUCAAGGAAUCAUCCCAGCGGCAGCCAG